CCAGUUGAGUUUGGUUGUUGGUGGCGGAGGGUUGGCAGGGCAGAGGUUCACCUGUUGUGAGGAACUUCGCCUCGCUCUCGCUGCUGCCCCUCACUUACUGCCUCGCCCCGUCACUCUAGUGACCAACACACUAGAUCUGGUGUGCACCAAGCAAAGGCUAACAUGUGCGUGUGUCACUUAGAAAAAUUAAGUGGUUCAUGGUCAGUAGUGGAGUUUAUGUGAGUGCAGUUGAGGUGUGGAGAGGCGGCGAGCGCCAGUGUGUGUGAGAGGAGCCAAAGCUCAGUACCCAGCCGUAAGAUGGCUUACUUGGUGUUACCUUAUUCAGGCAGCCGCGGAGAGUUAUCACUGUGGGUGUAACUGUGAGCCAGGUGCUGCGGCCCGGUGCACGAGGAAGUGUGUGUGUGUGUGUGCACACGCCACGUGAUGCCUUCAAUUAUAUAUUCUCUCCCGUGCACGGAAUCAAACACAAGUUUGUUUACAUCUUGAUGAUGUGUGGGUGAAUGUGGCGAUGUUUGCCCACAUGAGCGGCAGGACUAGGGGAGGUGGGGGAGGCAAUGGUGGGGAAGUUAGUAGUAGUACUGGAGGGUUGAACAACAAAACUUGGGCUAGAGAUAUGGAGGAGAGGAAGAAAGGUUGGUCGCGUGACUCCAGUGGAGGCUGGGUGAGGGAGAACGCUGGCGGUGGCUCCACCAGUAACCUGGCCAACGCCAGCAUCACCAACAAUCUACGUUACCGUCGACGCAGCAAUAGCAGCGUGCCUAGCCUUUGUAGCAACGGCAACGGGUACAGCAACAGCGGGUGUCAACGAGGGUCUUCAGCCAGCCCGAGGGCCCCCCACAGUAAGGGCUUCUGGGUGCAGGAGCCUGAAGAUUAUCACUCCCGCUGGGUCACCACCAAAACACCAGACUCUGAGGGCAGUACCACGCCCCUUACCUGGCCGCCCACGGGAGGAGGGGGCAGCCAUGGGCGUGACGGGAGCUACUGGGGGGCGUGCAUCUCACAGCCCUCCUCCCCCCACAGGGCUCCGGCUACGCCCCCUCCACUAGGGUGCUCCACCACUCUGCCUAAGAUGUCGGGCGAAUCUGGGGAGGGAGGCCCCGGUGGCGGUAGCGGCGAGGUUAUGGACUUCCAAAACCGUAUCAAAAGAUUUCAACAAGACCAGCAGUUUAACCAACAACAGCAGCACCUGAGUAGCAGCAGUCGGAGCAGCAGCAGUCAGCUCAAAAGAUCGCAACACACCUCACACUCACACUCCUCCACGAACUUAAGUGAAGUUAAGUCUUCCAGUAACCUAAGUGAACACAAGGCUUCUGCAAGCAUUAACAAGUCAAACCUUUCAGAACUCAAGUCGUCUAUGUCUGAAGUCAAGUCCAAUAUCAGUGAGAUGACAGCACAAAGCAAUAGUGUGAACUAUAAUCGAUCCAUGUCCCUGGCCAGCAAUGCUGCCCUGCAGCAGGGUGCAUCUUCAACAAGUCUGCAGUCAGGCUUUAACAAGCGCAAAGCUUCAGGCUUUAAUAUGGGGUCCAUGGAUGCCCUUAAUGAUGCCCUUCAGAUGGGAUCAACAGAGCAACUGGCACUUGAGGAUGAUUUUGACCUGCAGAACCUGGCAGUUCAGCAGGAUCAGCUCAGCUCCUCACCUCUCACCUCAGGCUCCGCAAAUGGAAAUAAUCCCAAAGAGCUAAAAUAUGAACAGAAGAAAGUGACAUCUUCAUCAAAAACAAAGGUUGUGACAGAUAAAAAUAGCUAUGAAUCUGCCUCAGGACAGUCAUCAGAGUCUAGAAAACUGCAAGCAGGGGAUGUGUCGUAUGCAGAAUCGUCAAAGAAGGCUGCAACCAAAGCAAAAAUAGAAGUUGAUGGCAUUACAGCAGAAAAGGCCGCAGCUGUCUCACAGGAGGCACGGCAGUUGCGUGCAGGUGAGGUGGAUCAUCGCGAGGGCUCCCAGGUGAAGGGUGCCACCAUGAGGGUGGCAGGUGAGGGCUUCUCUGCCCACACCUCUGCCCUCAGUGAGCAGCAGCAACGGCUCACAAAAACUCCGGCAGGCACCAUCAACCAGGAGUCAUCCAGGCAAGCAGCCAAGUCAGGCCUCACCAUCAAGACCAAAGGCGUGUGUACCAAGCAGUCUUCCUCCAUGACUGCAUCACAGAGCAAUGUGAACAUCACCGGCUUCGAGGACUUAGACAACCUUAGUGCUUCAUCUCAACCUGUGGACAUUCAGAAUGCUAUUAUGCGUUAUUCUGGUGUGAUGUCGUCCUUUGUUGAUCAGUUGAAGUCUCUAACUGUUAAUGAAUGUCUUAAAGAUGCUCCCCAUCUGCUAGAAAAUAUUGAUGAUAUGAUGAGAAAAGCCUGGUCAGUUCCCAUUUAUGGCCAUGAAUUGGGCUUUUCAUUAUGUAAUGUUUUGAGGAAUAAUGGUGGUAUGGACAUCCUACUUGACAACUGUAGGUCUGAUGACUCAGAUUUGAAGUUUUCAAGUGCCAAAGUGUUAGAACAGUGCCUCACAACAGAAAAUCGAGGAUAUGUAGUUGAGAAGGGACUAGAAAAUGUAGUAAAUGUUGCCUGUGAUUGUACAAGGAAUGGCACUUCUGUGGACAAAUCUCGUGUGGGAACAGGCAUUCUAGAGCACCUGUUUAAACACAGUGAAGGAACAUGUUCGGAUAUCAUACAGUUAGGAGGUCUAGAUGCUGUGCUGUCAGAAUGUAGAAAAUCUGAUGUUGAAACUCUGAGACAUUGUGCUGUAGCUUUAGCAAAUUUGUCUCUCUAUGGUGGAUCAGAUAAUCAACAGGCAAUGAUACAGCGUAAGGUUCCCAUGUGGCUCUUCCCUCUUGCUUUUCAUUCUGACGACAACAUCAAAUAUUAUGCCUGUCUAGCAAUUGCUACUCUCGUUGCCAACAAGGAAUUGGAAGCCGCUGUUUUACAGUCAGGAACAUUGAAUCUUGUAGAACCAUUUGUUUUGAAUCAAAUUCCAGAUCAGUUUGCCAAUUCUACGGUAGCACACAGACAUGGACAGAGUCAAAGCUGGCUGCAACGACUUCUGCCAGUACUAAGAAGUAAAAGAGAGGAAGCCCGAAAUUUGGCAGCUUUUCAUUUUUGUAUGGAAGCUGGUAUAAAAAAACAGCAAGGAAACAUUGAACUCUUCAGAGAAAUUGGUGCUAUUGAGCCACUCAAAGAAGUUGCUAGUUCUCCUAAUGCCAUUGCCAGCAAGUAUGCAGUACAGGCACUUCGUCUUAUAGGAGAAGAGGUCCCACAUAAACUAAGUCAGCAGGUACCAUUGUGGACACCUGAAGAUGUGAAAGAAUGGGUCAAGCAAAUUGCAUUCUUACAGUAUGGUGACAACUUUGUAAGUUCACGAGUAGAUGGGGAUCUCUUAUUACAGCUCACAGAGGAAAACCUUCGUGAUGAUAUUGGCAUAAAAAAUGGCAUUCUCAGGCAAAGAUUUAUGAGGGAAUUAAGAAAAUUGAAACUUCUUGCUGAUUAUUCAUCUUGUGACUCCACCAAGCUGAAUGAGUUUAUGGUAGAAAUUGAUAAAGAAUUUGCAGAAUACACUUACCGCAUGCUGCGAGCAGGAGUCACUCGAGAUUGUCUUCGAUAUCUCACUGAAGAGCAGCUAAUUACAGAAUGUGGUAUUUACAAUUCAAUUCAUCGACAAAGAAUUAGAGACACGAUAUUGAAUGACAGUGGACAACUCCAAGAUGCCAAUUCUCUAGAUAAGACCCUAGAUGUUUUCAUCAGCUAUAGACGUUCUAAUGGUUCACAGUUAGCAAGUUUACUAAAGGUCCAUAUGCAGCUUAAAGAUUUCUCUGUAUUCAUUGAUGUUGAACGAUUGGAGGCUGGGAAAUUUGAUAACAAUUUGCUAAAUUCAAUUCGACAAGCAAAGAACUUCCUCUUAGUCUUGACACCAAAUGCUCUUGAUAGAUGCAUUGGUGACACAGAAUGCAAAGAUUGGGUUCACAGGGUAUGUAUACAGUAUGCAGUGUUUGCCAUGCUCAAGCAGUUAUUAAUUUAAAAUUUGGUGCAGAUUUACUGGAUUUCAUAUAUAAUUGCUUCCUGUAAAGUGCACAAUACAGUACUGGGUAUUUUGCAAUGGAGCAGGAACCUCCACAGGCAUCUGUAAGGCUCUCACGCUAAUGGCUUUUUUUUUUAGUCUGGUGUAUCGCUCUUCCAAUAGGUGCUAGCAGGAGUUACAGGUGUUGUAUGAUUCAGGGGAGAAAGAUCAUGUCAAGUCAAACAUUAAAGUGACAGUGCAAUUCAGAAUGUCACAGGCUUGAGUGUCUUGUAAUCAAAGCAGGUUGACAUAAUAUGAAUGGGAAAGGGGUAAUGGUAGUUGCCAACAUCAAAUGUGGCUAUGAAAAAAAUCUGUAGUGUUGCACAUUGCAUCACUAUACAUUCCAGCAAGAUAUUGAACAUUGGCAGAGCUACUGCUGGGAGUCAGGGUGGAUAGACAUCUGACACUUUAAAGCUGUUUGGAACAGAAGAUAUCACAUAAAUGAAAAAUGUUGGGAAUCUAAUUUGAGUAUGAGAAUUAGUGGAAUAUUAGUGUAGGCAAUAAUGGUGUAACACUGAAUUACAGUCCAGUAUUUUAAAGACAACUCUUGAAAAAAGUUACUAUUUAUACAUGGCUUGUAAAUUUAUUAGUCAUCAGUAGUAGUUCCUGCAUUACAAUAGGUUUCACUGCUGAUUUGUAGUACAAAAAUUAGUGGUAAUUUACCUUUUGAUUGCAUUUCCAUGUUCAGUUUUGUUACAUAGUGAAACAAAUGUAGAGUAUGUAAAAUGAGCAGUCAGAUCAACCUUUGACUGCUUCAUAUUGCUUUACAGUAGGUCCCCCAUUUACAAUAUUAAUGCAUUCCUGAUAGUUGUUCAUAAGUCUGUUGUUUGGAAAGUGGAGCUGUACUCUCAGACACAUGAUAUAAUCAGAGGUGCUUUCCAGAACUGUAAUAUCCUGUAUCUAAUUUCAUAUACUUCUAACAAAAUUAAAUAACAAUUUUCUAUAUAAAAUUCAGUUUCUCUCUCUUGCCUCCCUUUCCUUUCCUUUCCUUUCCUUCCCCUCUUAUUCCUUACCUCCAUUCUAUCUGGGAUGAAGAGGAGAGGAUACCUGAUAAUUAUACAAGGUACAUGAAGGCCUAUUCCCAGUGCUACACACUACAAUAAUGUGCUGGUAAGAAAGAGAUGUAUGGGAGGUACUGUAAAAUAAAUCCUGUGAAAAGCAGGGGUACCAUGAACACAGUAAAACAAGUGUCAUCAUUCAUGGUCCAAGAUUAUUCAUCCUGCUACCAGCAGAUACCCGAAAUAUUGCUGAAGCACAAAGUGCCAGAUCAACUAGACUGUGAUGCUUGUGUAGGCCAGCUGGCCACCAACAGCUAUAGCCUGCUUAACCCUUUGACUGUUUUGGUUGUAUAUAUACGUCUUACGAGCCAGUGUUUUGGACGUAUUAAUACGCAUAAAUUCAAAUCAAGCAGGAGAAAGCUGGUAAGCCCACACGUGAGAGAAUGGGUCUGUGUGGUCAGUGUGCACCACAUAAAAAAAUCCUGCAGCAUACAGUGCAUAAUGAGAAAAAAAACUGACCGUUUUUUUUAUUUGGAUUAAAAUGCCGACUUUGAGGUGUAUUUUCGUAUAGUAUUUAUCGUUGUAUUCUCGUUUUCAUGGUCUCAAGUGAUAAAAUGGAACACAUAUUACAGAAACAGAGAUGAUUUUGGUUAGUUUCACGAUGAAAACGACCUUGAAAUUGAGCUCAAAGUACUGGAAAUGUUCGAUUUUUACCAAUGUUCAGGAGUAAGCAAAUCACACCACACAUCCAAUACACGUCAACUGGGGAGUCUAAUAUUCUUUCACUAGUGCACUGAUAUUUAUACUAAUUUUUACAAUAAUACAGUUCUGCAUAACAGUAAAUUUUGUAUUUUUUUGUAUGAAUAAAAAAUCAAAAUAGAAAGCAACAGUAAUAUAAGAGGGGCCUAGAGAUGCAGCUAAUGAAUAGAGGAUAUGUUAUUUUAAUGCCAAGAAUGUCUACAUUGUUUAUUCUGGACCCUAUUUUGAAAUUGGCAUCUUUUUUAUUUGCGUGAAAUUGGCCAAAUUGCCAAUUUCUGACCACUUGAUUGGAUAUUUCAAAUCUGUAAAUGGGCAGUUUCUUGUACUCAACUGAUAGAAAAAAUGGAGUUCUAAAGAAAUAGCUACGAGUUUGGUCAACAGGAACAGUGGAAUUGGUCAAAAACAGGGCUCAAAUUCGGCGAAAUCACCGAUGCGUAUAUGUUGCCGAGACCGCUAACUUCGCGGGACCGUAAUUCCGUGAGUUUUCGACCAAAUUUCGUACUUUUGGUGUCAUUACCAUCGGGAAAAGAUUCUCUUAUCAUUUCAUACGAUUUUUUUUUUUUUUUCCAAAAAUUUUGUGACAUAGAAUGACAGUUUCAGAAAGGGGCUUGCGACAGUCAAAGGGUUAAACAGGCAAUCAACAGAAAAGUCUGGCUCAAGGCAGACCUGCAAUAGUAGAAAAUCUUUCAACAUCAAUCACAUGCAUCUCCUCCUCUUACAUUUAAUUCCUCGCUCCCAAUACUGAAUAAGACACAUGCAGCACUAGUAUCUACAUUGGCCAAAAAGUUUCACUUGUGCAACAGGCAUUUUAAGUUGAAUACAAAACUGGAGACAGUAGUAGUUUUGAGAUGAUGAGUCCCUCAGCUGUGGUAGGUAGUUCUUCAAGCCUAAAGCAGUGACUUGCAGCCAGACCUUACAUACAGUACUGGAGCAUAAGUGAGGUGUAGCAUCUGGACAUGACAUCACAGGUGAGCAUGACCAACUAGUGGAAGUGAGUCAUGCUAAACAUUUGUUUGGCAAAGGAACUGCAGAAACUUUCCCUGUACUAAGAUACCAUGGUGUUGCUAUGUCAUGUAGCUAAGUGUUACACAUAUCUCAUUCAUUAACUUAUUGGUAUUGUAUGCUAUCAGUAUUAUGAUACUCUCUCCCAUCAUAUUGACCCUCCAGUCCCACUUUACUUUUGCUCUCUGGUUUCUUUCUUGUAUUCCACCCCUUGUUGUGCUCCAAAAGAUUCAAAGUUUAUUCUCUAUAAGGAUUACAAUGCUGAGUUUACAGAAUUUGGUUAUUGUGUGGUUUACAUGUAGUAAAAUAAUAAUUACAGAGUGUACCACUAGAACACCUAGCAUGGCUAGGCAUUUCGGGCAGACUUAAAUUAAAUCUUAAGUUUAAAAUAUUACAAAAUUAUGAGGUAAGUUGGUAUUAUGGCUAAGUGACUAAAUACUAGUUUGUGAGUUUAGCAAUGUGAAUGCUUUUGUUUUGGCACUAUACAUAGUUUCAGUAUUGGAGUAUCACAGGUCAACUUAUGACUAGUUAAGAUUCAUUACUUUGAGAUUGAGAUGGAUAUUUCUGUUUAUGGUCAAAUGGGCGAGUGAGUGUAAGUGUUAACCACCAGGUGGUAUUCGUGUAAUUAGUUGACAGGGUGUCUCAGGGAGAUAAGAUGUUUUCUGAUGGUAGUUUUAAAGGUGAUGAAUGUGUCUGUAGUUUUAGAAUUUUCAGGUAGGGUGUUCCAGAUUUUAGGGCCUUUGACAUACAUUGAAUUUUUGUAAAGGUUUAGUCAGACACGGGGAAUGUCAUAGAGAUGUUUGGGUCUGGUGUUGUGCCUGUGGGUUCUGUCACAACUAUCAAGAAAGUGUUUUAGGUCAAGGUUAAUAUUGGAAUUUAAGGUCCUGUAGAUGUAGAUUGCACAGUAGUAAGUGUGGAUGUACUGAACAGGGAGUAAGUUUAGAUCUAUGAAGAGUGGGGGGUGUGUUGCCAGGGAUGGGAUUUAGUGAUUAUUCUUACUGCGGCUUUUUGUUGGGUUAUUAUUGGCUUUAGGUGUGUUGCUGCAGUUGAACCCCAAGCACAGAUAGCAUAGGUGAGGUAUGGAUAUAUAAGUGAAUGGUAUAGUGUGAGAAGGGCAGUUUGCGGCACGUAGUAUCGUAUCUUGGAGAGGAUCCCAACCGUUUUGGAUACUUUUUUGGUUAUGUGUUGGAUAUGGGUGCUGAAGUUCAGGUUGUUGUCGAGGUAUAGGCCUAGGAAUUUGCCCUCAUUAUGCCUGGCAAUUAGAGUGUUGUCGAUCUUAAUGUUAAUUUGUGCAUCUCCUGCUCUGCUACCAAACAUAAUGUAGUAGGUUUUGUCAGUGUUAAGCGCAAGUUUAUUGACUGUCAUCCAAGUCGAUAUUUUGAUCAGCUCCUCAUUAACAAUGGUGCUUAGCUACCCACACCACCCCACAUUGUGUUUAACCACCUGCACCCUGUGUCCACCUUAAACCACACCAUUAUUAUGGCAAGGGUAUAAGGUGCCUAAACAUAUGGUAAGGUGAAGGUUACUGCAUGCCUGAGCUAUGAGGGUAGGGGUGUAAGAGUUGUCACCUCACUCACUGACCACUUACUGUACACACACACCAUUCAAAAACAGAUGUAAUUGUUAUAUGUAGCUACAGUUUUUGACUACACAAGAGAGUCCAAC